UUAAGGAACCAAGGAAGAACGAGAAAGAAAAGCGAGAGUAACUUCGAAUCUGAUUUUCAUCCCUUAACACCAACGCCAACGCCAAUUCCAUUCAGAUCACAGUCCCUUCGAUUCCUGCUGCAACAUACUUUCAAAGCCCUAAAAUGGAGGGGACUGUCUUCACUCCUGCACUGCAAGAAAUUGAGCAUGUAAAGUCUGAUCAAGGAGAAAUUCUGAGCAAGCCUUUCUUGGAUGCGUGCAAACACAUAUUGCCUGUAAUAGAUAAGUUUGGAGCUGCUAUGGCCCUUGUUAAAUCUGACAUAGGUGGUAACAUAUCGAGAUUGGAAACUAUGUAUUCUUCCAAUCCAACCAGAUUUAACUACCUGUACAGUUUGGUACAGGUAGAGGUUGAAACUAAAACAGCUAAAUCAUCAUCCAGUUGUACCAAUGGACUUCUUUGGCUCACAAGAGCAAUGGAUUUCUUGGUGGCUUUGUUCCGAAACUUAAUCGAGCAUGAAGAUUGGCCAAUGUCACAAGCAUGUACAGAUUCGUAUAACAAGACUCUGAAGAAGUGGCAUGGCUGGCUUGCUAGUUCAAGCUUCACAGUAGUCAUGAAGCUUGCUCCUGAUAGGAAGAAGUUUAUGGACGUGAUAGGAGGCACUGGCAAUAUCAGUGCUGACAUUGAGAAAUUUUGUACAACCUUUUCUCCUCUCCUUGAAGAGAAUCACAAGUUUUUGGCUCGAUUUGGCUUAGAUGAUAUGAAGGCAUCAUGAAUCACAGAUUCAGAAGUUCCCGAUGAGUAGCUCUUGCAUGCUCACACCCAUUUCAUAUCUACUUUACUAGCAUGAUAAAUAAGCAUCGACUUUCAUAUUGUGCCUCUAAGUACUCUAUUAAGAACAGUGUUUCUAUGGUAUCUCAAAAUUUGUUACAGUUAGUUUAUUAUGAAGGUUAAUGCUAGUGGAGUUUAGUAUCUUCUUGAUGAUUUACCGAUUGGCUAGAACCAAACUCAUCCAACUUUGGUUCAGUAUAUGGAUGGCUGCUUGGUUGUAUAAGUCUGAUUCAAUUAUAAAAUUUAUAACAACUGUUUUUAUGAAAGUGAUCUGCAUUCUCUCUAGAA